GUAUUACACAGGUGUACCGGCUCCUCCCCUUCAGUCUUGCACAGGUGUACUGGCCCCUCCCCUUCAGACUUUCACAGGUGUACUGGCUCCUCCCCUUCAGACUUUCACAGAUGUAAUGGCUCCUCCUCUUCUGUAUUACACAGGUGUACCGGCUCCUCCCCUUCAGUCUUGCACAGGUGUACUGGCUCCUCCCCUUCAGACUUACACAGGUGUACUGGCUCCUCCUCUUCUGUAUUACACAGGUGUACUGGCUCCUCCUCUUCAGUCUUGCACAGGUGUACCAGCUCCUCCCCUUCAGUCUUGCACAAGUGUACUGGCUCCUCCCCUUCAGUCUUGCACAGGUUGUACCGGCUCCUCCCCUUCAGUCUUGCACAGGUUGUACUGGCUCCUCCCCUCCAGUCUUGCACAGGUGUACCAGCUCCUCACCAGUCUUGCACAGGUGUACCGGCUCCUCCCCUUCAGUCUUGCGCAGGUGUACUAGCUCCUCCCCUCCAGUCUUGCACAGGUGUACUAUCUCCUCCCCUCCAGUCUUGCACAGGUGUACAGGCUCCUCCCCUUCAGUCUUGCACAGGUGUACCAGCUCCUCCCCACCAGUCUUACACAGGUGUACUGGCUCCUCCCCUUCAGUCUUGCAGAGGCGUACCAGCUCCUCCCUUUCAGUCUUGCACAGGUGUACCGGCUCCUCCC